AGCGACGGCUGAGGCUCGGGUGUAGGAACCGCUCUUGAACGGGGAUAAUUGUAACCAUUAAUGUGUGUUUUAUCAGCUUUCUGCCCCAGAUCUCUACCACUUUCUUUCCCGAAGCUCUGGCACUUUCUCCUCCAAAUCUCUGCUCCUUUCUCCUCCAAAUCUCUGCUCCUUUCUCCUCCAAAGCUCCGCUCCUUUCUGUCCCAAAGCUCCGCUCCUUUCUGUCCCAAAGCUCCGCUCCUUUCUGCCCCAAAGCUCCGCUCCUUUCUGCCCCAAAGCUCCGCUCCUUUCUGUCCCAAAGCUCCGCUCCUUUCUGCCGCCGGCUCCAGCCGUGGUUGCAUCGCGGUUACUCCACGUUUGUGUGCGAGACACUGUGGAUGUCUCGGGGGAAACGCGAGUUCUUUAUCGGUACCUCUAAACCAGAAAGAAAUAGAGAGCAGAUGUUCUCGCACGUUUUUGUGUUCAGCUGGUGCUGAGCAGUUGUUCCCUUAAGGGACAGGACUGGGACUGCUCUGGCGCGGUUUCCUUGCCGGAGACAGAGAAGCCUGCGCGGCUGUUGAAAGCUCAUUCCAUCGCCGGCGGUGUCCUUUCAUCACUGGGGACGCUGAAACUCUUGUCCUGACUUAUUCAACCCUGGCACUAUAAAUAUGGCUUUGUUGGUGGUUAUUUGUUUGUGGUUUUGGUUUUUUUUUUUUUCCCAAUCUGCUGAGCAGCAUGCUGGAAAGAGCUGGCAGAGUAAUAUUUAACAGGAAAAGAACUCAUAAGCUCAGAGCAUUGUGUUACAGUUCACUGAGUGUCUCCAGCACAGAGCAAAAUUACACUGCUUGCAUUAUUUGGGAACACACUGAAGCUGCUGACAGGUUUGAAUGGUGAUUUCUGGAUUUCCCUGGUAAUUAAUGUAUUUAAUGCCCCAGGAAGUCUUUGCUAAAGGAAGCGUAGCCUUUUGUAAACAGCUUUCACUGAUGGGCUGCAUUGCGCUGGGUGGGCAGGAGGGGUUGAUUUAACGAUUACAAACCAGGAGACAAAGGCAGAGCAGUGACUUCAGAGUCUGAUUUCAGAGUCCUUGUCCCUCUGUGGGUGCCAGACUGGGGCACUGAGGGCUUACCAAGCAGUUCUGGUGGAGAACAGGCUGCAAGUGUGAGGUGUCAGCUGCUGUGUGUGUCUUCAGGGCUCUGCAGAGGGGAAGGUGCCUCACAGAUCCAACAAGUUGGCAUAGGCAAGCUCUGACUGCUGAGCUCCAGCAUUGUGGUGGUGCUUGGGGUUUUUUUCCAUUUUAAUCUGUUUUUCCAGGGUUUUAAGUCCAAAUCCUGGUUCUGUUGAAUAUUUCCCAAGUAUCUAAGCAAGUCUCUUGAUCCCAGUGUUAGAUCCUGGCCUGGAACUAGUGGGAAAAUACCUCUGGCUUGUUUUCUUCCAUAUCCUGCACAUCCCUGAAGCGUCUGGGGUGGUUUUAGGAUCUGAACAUGGUGGAGUUCCUGUCAUUCCCAUGAAUAACUGCAUUCACAGAGGGGAAUGAGAAGUGUGUGUGGCCCAGAAUUUUAAGGCAAAACAAAAAAAGUUAGAACUGGGCAAUGUGCAGUUCAUGAUCUGGUUCAGACACCGCUCCUGGGCAAGUCAGUGACAAAAAUCUAUCAAGUUCCUAUUUCCAGGCAUGGCUUUAGAAAUGAGGGUGUUCCUUUUGGGGGUCCUGUUGUCACUUCUUGUCACCUGUGGGAGCUGAGGGGUUUUGGUGCCUCUCACGAUCUAAGCCAGGCAGGUAGAACUACAGAGGGGUUUUUAGUUGGUGCUGCUCCUGCAGUUUGUGUCUCUGUCUUGGCAAGGCAAUGAACCACUUUUAAUGUGUGUUCUACCAGCAGCUCAACCUGGGCAGCUCAUGCCAGAACCUGAGAAAAUGCUUAAAGGUGCUGCCCUGACAUGGGGACACUCAGGCUCACACAGGGAGGCUUGUUUGCCUCAAGCCACUUUGAACUUGGGCUUUUCUUUCCUCCUUCCUCCCUCUUUGGAGCCUCUCAAGGUAAACCCAGGCACGUUCAGGUCUCACUGAAGGACGCUGUGUUUUUAUUACUCUCUGAAAUCACAGCUUGUCUCGAUCCCUGGCGGUGUUCCCGGGCUGCUGGGAAGGUGAGGGCUGGAACAACCCAGCUCCACACAGACCCCACCUUUUCCCAGGUGAAAGCACUGAAUCUGUGUUCUCCUAACCAGCACCUGCCUUCCCUAGCAGGGAGCUGCCUCUCCAAGUCCAGCCAUCCUGGAAAAACCUCAAACCAACCCCUCUGCUCCCUGUGGCCCCUCUGUAAUUGCCAGGUGCUGCUGACAGCUGACUCAAGAUGACGACGGCCACGCCACUGACCGAUAACACUCAGCUCUCAGUGAAUGUGACCACAAAGUCUCAAGAACAAAGUCUCUAUCAAAGUUCUGGAGCAAUCAUUGCUGCUAUCGUGGUGGGGGUGAUUAUUAUUUUCACAGUGGUUCUGCUCAUCCUGAAAACAUACAACAGGCGCAUGAGAGUGCGGCGGGAGCUGGAACCCAAAUCCUCCAAGCUGGCAGUGCCACCUCCCGUGGGGCACAGCAGCCACAGCCUGGCCCAGCAGCCCUCGGUGACCUUCAUCCCUGUGGACAUCCACCUGCAGAGCAGGUAACCGGGAACGCUCGCCCUUCCUGCCAGAGAAGAGAUGGAAUUGUUAUCCCAUGGACCUGGGGCUCCGCGGCAGAGCUGCACUGGGAACAGCAACCAGCUCUUACUCCCUCUGUAAAAUGAUAUAAAUCCUGGUUUCUUUCUUUGGGAGAAAAAACAGAGGUCUAGACACUUUUCUUAUGACUGAAAUAACAAGUGGAAGUCCAGGAAUCAUCAGGAUGGCAGCGAGGUCUCUUCUGGACCUGGAUAAACCAAGAAGAGAAGAUGCCCAGGUGUUGUGGAACUUUUGCUUCCUCAGAGACUUUGAACCCUUUCUGUUCUGCUGAUAAACAGAAGGAAAGGUCUGGACAUGCAACAAACUCAGGUUGGACCUGAGUUUGUAAUGAGUUACAUGGAAGAGGUUCGUGGUUUAUUUUAUAUCUGAUGGGUAGUACAAGAGGUAUUGAAAUUGUAUUUAUCUUUACUCAUAUUUCAUGUUUCUAGUGCCACAUGUGUACAGGUUAAAGAAAAAAAUGUUACUUCUUCUUUUCAAGUAUUUUUAAACUAUUUCUAUAAACUCUGUAACUCUGUUUCCAAAGGAACUCAGUGUCUGGGGGAGUUUUGCUCUCAAUUCAGGUUCAUGGCUAGAGCUGUGUUAGAAUGCUUUGUCUUACACAAAAUCUGAGUUCUUUAACUGAAAAAAAUAAGCAUGGAAAUAGAAAACAUCAGCUUGGAUAAAGCAAGGGAGGCUCUGUGCAACCCCAAUGUGCUGCUCACCCUGCAAGGCUUUGUACUCUGGUGCAACCCAAUUAUUUUUAGCAAUUUUUUAUUCUCGAAACCAACCCAAAGUGAGGUUGUUUUGUGAGGGCUGUGGGUGUGCAGCAGUGGCACAAAGGAAUUCCCAGGGACACUCACAGCCCACGGGGUAGGAACACAGAGCAGUAUUGUCAGACACUGACUGGCAGAUUGUCUGAGAUUUUAUAUUUCAUAUUUUUUCCAAUAAGCUUGGAUCUCUUGAGCAGGUCAGUUUAACUAAACGGUAAUUUUUAUUGUGCAGAAUCUAAAUUAAAUCACUUUGCAAUAUUCUUUUUUGGCUGAAACUGAAGCAUGGUUUGGAUUCCAAACCAAAUAUUGAGACAGCUGUUUGUGAAGUUUAUGAAUCUCCUUGUAAAUAUUUCUCUUGUCCUGGUUCUCUACCUUAUUUUUUGUGGCAGGGAGUAUUGAUUUAAUAAUUCAGAAAGGACAGCA